AUGAAUGCCGAACAGAUAGAAUACGAAGCUUUAGCUAAGCCAGGCCAUGAUAGCGAUUGGGUUGGCACAAUCCGCUUAGAUGGCGAUAGCGAAGGGAAAGCGAAGCUGUGGAAGCUCCUGGCCAGCGAGUUUAGAAUAAUUUGGCAUGUUUCUUUAACCGGUGGCGCGUUAACAGCGCAAUUUGGAGAGAAGUACGCUCUGUAUGCAGCCAACAACUUGGAAUUCAAUCAUCCGACCUCAUUUUGCCAAGUUGAUGACGAUGAAGAUGAUUCUAAAAUUCGAGCACGAGCUUUCACGUAUAAUGACGAAAUCUUACGCUCUCGAAAAACACGGGGAAUCAGAAAGCAAACGUGA